GUGAGUGGAAGAAUAAAACUCAACCUCUAAAACAAUAAAAGUUUGACAUUUUCUCUUCAUUGGAUCCUCAGAAGUCCUUGUAGAAAAUUCAGUCAGCUUAGAAGAUUAAGGGAGAAUCUGGAAAUGACCGAAAAUGGAACAAAAAACGAGGAUAAUCUCGUAGCAAAAAGUCCGAGAAACAAGGCUUCUGACAGGUCAACCGAAGGAGUGUUGAAUAUUCAAUUGGAGAACGUGGCGAGUGGAUCCAAAGAAAUCACUUCUCCACAAGCAAACUCUUUCAUCCAACAAUGCUCGCCUCGGGAAACCAGAGAGUGUUACAAUAAAAAGAAUGAUACAACGGCUAGAGCUGGAUUUUCAAAAAAAACUUCUGCAAGCAGACUCGCUGCAUUUUUUCCUGGAUUACGUCAUACGAAAGAUAAUUGGAAGGAAAGGGAAUCGAUCAACAAUGAAGUGCAAGUUGAGUCGAAUGAAAUUCCAAGAAAAACAAAAGAUGAAAGGGAUGCUCGAAAUUUCAGAAGCAUGACAAUUGAUAGAAUGGGAAAAAUGCUGAAAUUAAAAUCCUCUGAUUGCGAAAGAAAUGAAUUCGACCGUACUUCACAGGGAGAAGGUGAAACGAGAAGAGUUUCAUACCCUUGCGAAAACCCAUCUCGAAAGGAAAAAACAAAUUCACUCGGAAGAAUGUUGAAACUUAUGGACAAAGAUGUUGGUCCAAGGAAAAUUUUUGGUCAGUCAAAAUCCGCAUCUGGGAACCGCCUUCCAAAAUCUGAAAUUCCUCUUGAUAAAGAAGAAAAACCUUUGAAAGUUUCCGACGAUCGGAUUCGUCGUGCUUUUUCAAAAAUGCUCUCUCAAAUUAGAGGUCGCGCCGGAAAUGCAAAUGCGUCAGCAGAACCGAAUUUCCGGGCGCCGAAAGGAAAAUCGAAAAUUUCUCUACCUCGAAGACCGCACUUAUCAUCGACAAAAGAUUCGACAUCAUUGUCACCCGAUCCAGCAUCCUCACCAUCCGGGAAUUCCGAACAUCAACUUUGAAAAAUUAUCUCCAGUUGGAAUUUCCACAAUCCUUCAGACCUACCACUUAAAAAUUCCUUACCAUCGUAAACCAAUUUUUUUCAAUAAUAAAAAUCACUAACAGAACAAAGAAAAAAUCCUGGACACUGCAAAUAAUAUCAAAACUGAAAUUUCAAUAAAUUUAUACUCCAAACUAAGUACCGAAAAAUUUCGACAAAAAAUUAAGUUGAAAAUACGACUUUUGGAAAAAAAAUUUUGAAAAAAGCCUGUGAAAAAAAGAGACAAGGAUUAAAUAAAACAUCAAUUUGCCGUAAUUAAAAAAUUUAUUUAUUUUUUUAAAGUUCGAAGAUAUAUUCUGAUUGAAUUUGACUGGAUACAAAUAUGAUGAAAUCCAAAAAAAUUAGCAUUUCAAACCCACUUAAUUUUUUUUUGUCGGUGAGCUUUCGCAAAAAGCCUUGAUCCCAUUCUACCCUGAAUUUUCUCCAAAUUUUAAAAUUUACAUCAAAAGCUUGUUGACUAUAUAAGAUAUGAAUAUUCGAUGCAAA